AUGGUGGGCAAAGACUGCGUCGCCAUAGCCUGCGACCUACGCCUAGGUCUGCAAGCGCUGACUGUAUCCAACAACUUCCCCAAGAUCUUCACCUACGGCCCGUCCGUAUACCUUGGUUUGACCGGCCUCGCCACGGACGUCCAGACCGUCAGCGACACAUUCCGAUAUAAAGUCAACAUGUACCGACUGCGCGAGGAGCGCAACAUCAGCCCACAAACACUAGCGAACCUCGUAUCGAGCAGUUUGUACGAGCGCCGGUUUGGGCCAUGGUUCGUCAGUCCCGUGCUCGCCGGCAUCAAUCAUACGACUGGGAAACCUUUUAUUUGCGGCUUCGACAGUAUCGGCUGCAUUGAUUUCGCAAAGGACUUUAUUGUCGCCGGCACAGCGAGCGAUCAGUUGUUUGGAACUUGUGAAGGAUUGUGGGAACCUGAUCUGUCACCUGAAGAUCUCUUCGAAACAAUCUCUCAAGCUCUCCUCAACGCCGUCGAUCGAGACGCUCUCUCCGGCUGGGGCGCCCAUGUUUACAUCAUCGAGAAAGACAAGGUCACCAAACGGUUAUUGAAGGGCCGGCAAGACUAG